GCCUUUCGGCCCGAAGCAUUUAUACGCCUCCCAGAAAGCCCCGGGAUCCCUCUGCGCCCGCUCAGGCCAGGCCCCGGCCGGCACGCCGGCCUCCGCACGCUCUGCCGCGCUCGCGGACGCUCUCGCGGCCGGCGUCGCAUCUGGGAGUCACGCGACCGCGGGCUAUGGCCGCCGCGGGGGGCGCCCGGCUCCUGCGCGCCGCCACCGCGGCCCUCGGCGGCGCAGCCCACCGGCGGCUGCUUCUCGCCGGAGCCGGGAGCCUCCCGGACGGCCGGGGGCCGGGCGGAAGCGCCGAGCGGGGCCUGGGGGGCCGUGUCGGGGCGCACCGGGCGCUGAGCGCGUCGGCGCAGGCGCACCGCAGCUCAGAAGAUAAAAUAACAGUCCACUUUGUAAACCGUGAUGGUGUAACAUUAACAGCCAAAGGAAAAGUUGGUGACUCUCUACUAGAUGUUGUGGUUGAAAAUAAUCUAGAUAUUGAUGGUUUUGGUGCAUGUGAGGGUACCUUGGCUUGCUCUACCUGUCAUCUCAUCUUUGAAGAUCACAUAUUUGAGAAGUUAGAAGCAGUCACUGAUGAGGAGAAUGACAUGCUUGAUCUGGCAUUUGGGCUAACAGAUAGGGUAAUUAGAUUCAACACACAAAGUACUAACAAACUUCCCUCGACUCAGUUGAAGAGAUACCUAUGUAAAUAACAAGUUUUCAGCUGUGAUGUGACUGCCACCCUCACAGUGUAGAGAUCCCGGUUGGGCUGCCAAAUCUGUUUGACAAAAUCUAUGGACAAUAUGACUGUCCGAGUACCUGAUGCCGUGGCUGAUGCCAGACAGUCCAUUGAUAUGGGCAAGAACUCCUAAAUAAAUAUGAGUAUUUUCACAAAAUGUUAAUCUGUUUUUACAAUUAUUAUUAUUAAUGUAAUUGAGAACAUGGAUGAAUCGGUUUAUUAUUAUGACUAGUUUUACUACUUUAAUUCACCUUGUCUAACUACUGAGUUUCAUAGUUCUGAAAGUAUGCAAUCUUUAUUUUGGUUAGACUAUAAAAAGCAAAUCAAAUGUUAGAACAUAGUUAAUAUGAUAAAACUUUAUGUGUUUUACCCUAUGUUUGUUUAGUGAUUUUGGGAAAUUUUUUCAUAUAAAUCUUAUGCCUGCUACCUAUAAAGUAAGUUGAAAAAAUAGUAUUAUUAUUCCUAUUAGAUGUAGGUGAAGAUAGAACUACAAAUUAGAAGAUGUGUACUUGAAUCUGCAUCUUGUUACUACAGAUUGUAUGUUCAGAUUGAAACUGGAGAAAUUAUAAAUAUCUUCUUUACAGCAAUAACAUGUGAAUGUGUAUGGACAAAACUAAUUGCUCAGUAAACUGCUUAAUUUCAAAGACAGUUAUUAUCUUAUAAAUAAAUAUUUCAAAAUUUUGUUUAAAUAAAAAGUAUAAUUCUUUAUGGCCUGAGCUCCCUCA